AUGGCGAAGACGACAGCUUCGUACGACUACGUGCGGUUCACAUUUCCCGAUAUCCACGGGCGGUCGAGAGGUAGAGUUGUCCCUCGUCGUCAUGUGCAGCGUUGUCUGAAGACUGGUGUUACUAUUGGAGUUGAUGCGCUCAUGCUUGGAGAAUGGCUUGGAAAGGUGCAUACAAACCUGAUCGAUAGAAACAACAUAUGCAUAAUUGGUAUCCCUGACCUUUCAACUUUGAACGCCGUCACGUGGGAUGGUGAUGAGAAGUUCAAGGUUGCUGAGGUCAUCUGUGAAGGCUACUGGUUAAAGGACAGAACGCCGUUUAAUGUUUGUCCUCGGUAUGUGGCCAAGAAGCAACUUCAACGUUUGUCGGACCACGGAUACAAAAUGCUGUCAGGUUUUGAAAUGGAAUAUAUGUUGUAUGAUGUACACAACAGUCCCGUGUCAGGCCUCAACCAUAUGAGUCACAGACUUCACUCAAAACACAGCCGCUUUCUCUUUGCUCUUGAAAAUGGAAUGCAUCAUGCUGACGUGGAUAUUGAAAACUUCCACUGUGAAUGGAAUGCUGGUCUCUUUGAGGCUGUCAUCAAAGCCUCCUUUGGCAUCAAAGCUGCAGAUUCGGCAUUUAAAUUUCGAAAUUGCAUUCACGAAAUUGCCGAUAAGGAGGACUAUCGAGUGGACAUGACGUCCAAGCAGCCAACAGGGGAAGUUGGAAUGCAUUUAAACCAUUCUGUUUGGUCUGUCCAAAAAGAGAACUGUUACAAACGGCUACAUCUUCCUAGGAAACCAGGGACAAUUGACUGGGACUUUGACAACCGUCUGUCUUCUGUGAAAGUCAAGGUAGAUAAUGAAAACCGCGGGGUCUACCUGGAGAACCGCAUCCCAAGUGGCAUGACCAAUCCUUACCUGACACUAGCAGCCACUAUAGCUGCUGGCUUGGACGGCGUCCUCAAAGGACUAGAUUGUCCUCCUCCUCGUCCUGAACUAACAUCUGACAAUCUACCCUCAGCUACAGCUCUACCGUCCUCUCUGUCAGAGGCACUGCAUGCUCUAGAAGCAGAUAAUGAUAUGCAAUACUCCAUCAAUAUCAUGGUUGGCGACAACAGGAACGGCACAUAUAUGAAAGACAUCAGCACAAAGACAGUGCGUUACGCUGUGAUAUGA